AUGGCGACAGUCCGGUCGCUCGGCCUUCACGAACCCUCGGCCCUACCUUUCUUGAUCGCAGAGAAUUUCCUGCCUCCUGAACCUUCUGAAGAUCUGUACACGUGGAAAAAUAGCGUUGAUCAUGGACCUGAAGGCCCCGUUGAUGAUGAGAUCGUCUGGACGAAGACCUGCGUGGUUUGGUCUAGGGCGGGGGUCGUGAAGAGAGUGUUUCGGCUGGAUCUCGAGAAAGAAAGCAUCCGACAUGCUCUAUUUACAUAUUUUACAACCGGGAAGACCAAGAGAUCUGAAGGAAGUACGACUCGUGAGCUGCCCGGGGAACAAUCGCGGGGGAAUGAAGCCGGCCGGAAUCGAGGUCCCCAAAGCCAGUCGCAGCGUGGAAAUGAAUCGAAACUUGCAGCUUCAGGAUUGACAUUAAAUCUACGCGGAGGAGAUAUGCUGGGAAGAGAUGCGAGUGCUUCCCAGACAGACAGUGGACUCUCUAGAGCUUUGGUGGUGGUUCUCAAAUCCCAGGCCCAUAUAUUCUUCCUGUCUGGGAACAGCCAUGCGAUUCCCUUGCCUUUUGAAGUUGACUCGGUGUUUGCUACUCCACGGGGUCUCUUGUUCCAACGAAAGGUUCACGAGGAAGAUACCCCUACAGUUUACCCAAUGGCUCCUCCCAAUUCGUUCAUGUCCGUUCCUCUGGACUUUCGCGCAUCCCAGUCGUUGGAGAUGUCUUCAAGCCAAACCAAACGGCCUUCUUUGGCAUUUUCCCCAGCCCCAGGUCCAAAGUUGAAAUCGCAGCCUAAAAAACAUACCGACCUUCCUAGGGUAUUUUCCCUCAUGGACCCUCAUGCUGAAAUGGGCUUGGUUGUGACCAGCCAGAAUUCCCGUUGGCUGCAGAGCAGUACCAGCAGCACAAGGCCUUCUGGGUUGGAUGCUCUAGAUCCAUCUGAUGAGAUAAUCUAUGUUUCUCCAACCGAUGAACUCUCAGGUUCCAGUCAGAUGCUAGUGAAUGGCCCCUUGAUACUUGUCCUGACCGUCAACAAGAACACUGGACUGUACACCCUCUGGACAGCGCGCUACAGGGAUGAGGAGACUGGCUCUUCUUCCAAGAAGAAAGGAAGACGAGAAACCGGUGGCACUCGGUCUAAACGGCGGAGUUCACAUUUCGGAAUGGCAACUGGGGCAACGACCCCCGCCGCUCGUCCGUCUGCUACCAGGGAGAGCUUUGGCCCAAGGGGAGACAACUGGAAUAAUUCCGUCUUAUCGCAUUCCCAAUAUUCGACGGAUGGGAAACCGGAUGAAGAAGACUUCGCGUCCAAGUUAGGCCAAGACUUUGGUGAUAUUGGCGUUCCGCUCAAAACAUCAAGACGGGUCAGCUCUUUGCUCGCUCGAACCGACCUUGCGGCCAGCCAGGAUAGAAUUACAUUUUCAGAUCUUGCUACAGGAAGCCAAUCGAGUUCAGCACCCCAUGGAGGUCUAAGACAGUCGCUAGGUGGCGGCAGCACUCGUGGAAGCUUCGGGUUUAACCCCAGAGGUUCUUUACCCCCCGGGAAUGGCUCCGUCUACAGUACUAGUACCUUUGCCGAUGGCCCAGUCGACAGGCUUCUUGAGGAAUUGAACAACGAGAGUUUAUUUGAGGGGUUUGAAAACAUGGAUCUCAAGGGACCAGCAUCGGGUCUUCCCGAGGAAGUGAUGCUUUCCAAAGUCGAAACCUUCUCUUCGAAAUUCUCCGGUAGUUUCAACACGCCUGUAAAGUCAAAGCCAUCCCGAAGACUCAAGAUCUCCACAUUAUCUCCUGGAUGCAGUAACACCCAAAACGGAAACUCGACUGUCCUAGCGGUUUGUAUUGUGGACCAGGAAGCAAAAACAAUGACCAUUGUCAAUCUGCGGGCUGAUCGAGUCGCACUUGGAAAGAAGGAUAAGGCAAUAUCCAAGAAAUCUAAAAAGAGCGGCACUUCAAGGGAGCGCUCUCUACUAGUCCAGGCAACUGGGAUACAGCACUUUUCGAAUAUUUGUGAUGCUUGUAGGAUUGUUGAUGGGGAUAUUGCGCGUAUUUUGACAUUGAGCGCAUCGGACGACGGAGAACGCGAGUUAUCCCUGCAGUCUCCAUGGAGCAGCCCAACCACAGUUGAAGUGCCCACUAAGCUGAUGCUCUAUGAACCAUACGGAGUAUCUUCCAGUGCAUCUCUAAGUCGCCCAAGAGAGAGCGGAAUGAACAGAAUCAUGAUGGAUUCCUCCGUCACGAUUACUGGUAUAGACCAUCCAUCCAUUGAUGGCAAGGUAGACGUCAUCGAUACAAUGAGGAGAAGACACAGGUUCCAGAUCGGGAUGGAGCCCGACAAUGAGCUUGUACGGAAGAUCUUUCGAGUUUGCAAAUUUGCUCUACGCGACUCAGAAAAGGCCGGAGACGGCAUUUUGGUUGGGUGGUGGGAGACUAUGAAAUGGCUUCGCUCCAGGGAAGCAAACGAGAAUGACCUGGAAUGGACGGCCAUGAUCGUUAUAUUGUUCGCAAUGGCCGUGCCAUUCAUCGACGGCGAGCAGACCCGGACACCAGUUAAGCAAACUCGCCGGAAAAAGGGUCUCCUGAGGUCUAGUAGUGGUAGCUACGUCGACCUGGAAAGUUGGAAAGCCAUGCUUGACCAAGAGUCUGGCUCUGCUGGUGUUGUGGCGCCGUGGAUGACAAGUAGCUCAUGGGGGUGGGUGGUUGAGCAAGAUGCUGAAGAGGAUCUUGAUGGACGCCAAGGGAAAAGGUUUUCGAGGAUUGAACAACCUGACUCGAGUCGCUCGACUUUCCGUAAGAAUUCUUACUUGCUUCGGUGUGCAGCUUUGGCCCGAGAGUUCUUGCAAAGUCCUCAGGGUACUGAGGCCUGUGGGCCCGAUGGAUACCUCCCCAUUGCAGGCUCCUACAAUGAGAAUUCACGACGUACUGCUUUAUGUACAUUGUUGAUCGGCCUGCACCUUCUUCGCGAGGAGCAAAAGCUUUCAAUCUGCGAGGCGGAGCAAGCGCACCGGCCUUUGGGAUUGUUGGCCCCAGUGCUGGCUCAGAUCGGAAGAUGGUUAGGAUGGAGGUCCUGGACAUGGGAAGAAGGCUCUUACUUUAGCAUGGAGCUAGCCAGUAUGGAUCGCUGGCAAUUUGAGGACUCUCAAAUCUCGAUGCUUGAUCUCCCCUCGGAACCAUUCGCACCUCCUUCGAUCUUUUCCUACCUGGAGAGUGCUUGGCGCCAACCACCGGCGUCCUAUUUCACUCUGCUUGACCUUGUGGCAGCAUCAGAUCGCACCCCCGGAAAGGGAAGGGCGUGGCAAGAAUGCUUUGCUCUCACCCCGAGAACGUUGGCGCUCAAUGGUUUCCUCUCUGAAAUGCAUCGGUACUCUGCAUCACUCGACAAGGUUAAGCUUCUGCAUCGCUGGGGUCUCACCAGAAGUGUCAUCGAGACCUUCCCCGAAGGUGUCGGAGCACCGCUGUAUGAAGCUAUUAUGCAGUCUCAAAUCCGAGCCUCAACGUCUUGGGACGCAGCUCUUCUGGGGCUCAUUGACCGAGAGGAUCUGAAUAUGUCGAUGAAUGUCAACAACUCUCACCCCUCGUCUGCGUCACCGCAACCUGCAGUGUCCCAUGAUGCUAUACGGGACUUCCACCACAUUGGUACUUCUGCAAUGGACAUUGACACAAUCAACUCGUUCGAGGCUUCCGCAGAAGCGGACAGGUUCUCUGUCACACGGCUGAUCUUCCGAGAAGACAAGCGUUUCAUGGAGGCGGCCAGGCUACUAAACCAAUCCAAAGCUCCUGCGGCAGAAUGUACCCCGGAGCCAGAUUGGACUGAUUCGGAUCUGCUCGAGGCACAGAAAGAGGUUGUGCAGCUCGUGACGCUACGAACACUGUCUAUUCCUACUGGACGGGCUAUGCUGGCGUUCAGUGGCCGACUGCCACUGUUAACCGAGAAACUUCCAAUUCCCUCCUUUUCUCUGCAGUGCGUUAUGAAGCCUUCUAACGUGACCAUCAGUGCAGACCGGGCUGCAUUUAGUGAGGAGAAGGUCUGCUGGGCCUUUUUCCAUAAUGGUGUCUCCACUGGUCUCGCAAUCUCAAAAGCUUCAAAGGGAAUCGACACUUCGUGGAUUCUCUUUAACAAACCCCAAGAUCUCACCAAUCGGCACGCUGGCUUCCUACUGGCUCUGGGUUUAAAUGGACAUCUGAAGUCGCUCGCUAAAUGGGUGGCUUUCAAGUACCUAACACCCAAACAUACCAUGACAUCCAUAGGUCUUUUACUUGGUCUCUCAGCAUCUUACCUGGGUACGAUGGACACGCUUAUUACUCGACUGCUUUCAGUGCAUGUAACUCGGAUGUUGCCUCUGGGUGCCGCGGAACUUAACCUAUCGCCGCUGACGCAGACUGCUGGAAUUAUGGGAAUUGGCCUGCUGUACUGCAACUCUCAACAUCGGCGGAUGAGUGAGGUGAUGCUGUCGGAGAUCGAGAACACGGACCAGGAAGAGGGCUCUGCAUUACACGAGGACUUGCGUGACGAGGGGUACCGCUUGGCCGCUGGGUUCGCUCUUGGAUUCAUUAACUUGGCCAAAGGAAAGGACCUAAGGGGAAUGCGAGACAUGCAUAUUGUGGAAAGAUUGCUGGCCAUCGCAGUGGGGACUAAGAAUGUUGAUAUAGCGCACGUUCUUGACCGGGCCACAGCAGGUGCUACAAUUGCAUUGAUGAUCAUUUUCAUGAAGACCAACGAUGAAGUUCUGGCACAGAAGAUUGAUAUCCCCGACACCUCCGUGCGAUUUGACUAUGUUCGACCUGAUCUUUUCCUUCUCCGGACACUCGCCAGACAUGUCAUCAUGUGGGACAGUAUCCGACCCACUGACGAGUGGUUCGUACAGAGCCUUCCAAAGAUCUAUCGCCCUCGAUACCGCCUGACAGGAGUUCGUCGGCUGAAAAGUGAUGACAUGCCGUUCUUCAACAUCAUUGCCGGUCUGUGUCUAACCUUAGGGCUGCGUUAUGCAGGCUCUGCGCAGGCACAGGUUCGCGAUCUCCUUCUUUCUUACCUGGACCAACUCAUCCGGAUCUGUCGACUCCCUGUUGUGAACUAUGACGGCAAGCUUGCACGGAACUCGGUCCGCAACUGUCAGGAUGUUGUUGCUCUUUCCGUGGCUACAGUAAUGGCAGGAACCGGAGACCUGGCGUUGUUUCGGCGACUGCGUUCUCUUCAUGGCCGUGUUGAUGCCGAUACCCCGUACGGCAGUCAUAUGGCUGCCCACAUGGCAGUGGGAAUGUUGUUCCUGGGUGGAGGUAGCCAUACGCUGGGCACGUCAGACCUCGCCAUCGCGUCCUUGCUUUGUUCAUUGUAUCCGAUCUUCCCGAACACGGUACUCGACAAUAAAUGUCACCUGCAAGCAUUCCGACAUCUAUGGGUUCUCGCAGCAGAGCCGCGCUGCCUGGUGCCUCGAGAUAUCGACACCCGUCGUCCGAUUUCGAUUCCAAUCACGGUGACGACCAAGAACGGUAGUGGUAGACGUAUCACGGCACCAUGCCUUCUUCCGGAUCUGAGCAACGUGGCCAAGGUCGAAGUGCACAGCGCCGACUAUUGGCCGCUGGUUCUGGACUUUGGCCACAAGGAUGGACUCCGAGAGAAGUUCCGCCAUGGCGAUCAGUCAGUAUACCUACGCCGCAAGACGACAUACAACCCAUCCGGAUCGUCGGUGUUUCUGUCUACACUAUCGGGGCUCAGCGAAGCCCAAGAUGUGCUUCCAACGUCGACAUCCGCAUCGAACCACGGCAAGGGACUCCCGGCGGCAUUGUCGAGUCUGGAUGCACUCCUUUGCUCAGGACAAACUGCCAACCCGACGUCACCAUCACAGAGCAUGUGGGACUGGAUUUUCAACCUGGCCUCGCUUCAAGGACUCGACAUCCGGGAGAGGUCGCUGGUGAUGCCGUCGUCGCCGGCCCGAAUGCAGAAUUCAUUCUCGGACCAGAGUGCCUCUUCAUAUGCACCAUGGCUUCGUCUGUCUGCUGUCGACAGUAAAUUAAUUCUGGAGCACAGCGUGCAGAACGCGAUCAAGGCCGCCGAAAAUGGUCGCGGGGCAGAUGCCGACGAGAUCCGGGAUCGACUGUGGCAGUUGCGGUUACUUUUCAACUGGAUCGAUCGAAAUGCAAUGGAGGACCAAGGCGACGAAGAAGUCGAAGGGGAAGAUAUGGGGCCCACUGGGCCUGGGAACGGGUUAUGGUUACGGAGGGAUUUCAUCGAAGAAGCACGGUGGAAGAUCUGGGGAAUCCAAGCGGGGGACUAUGAAUGA